UCGAGCCACUUAUAAUGAUGAUAUUCUUAGCAUUUCCGACGCUUUUCUUUGUGAUUGUUAAUGGCGAUUUGCUCGAAAAAUAUGCCAACGCACCCGGAAACGUAUACCAUGGUAGAUACACCCGUGACAUUCGCGAGCCCGAGUUUCUGGUACCGAGACGAGUGCUCGAGGACGGCAGCUUCAGCACGUAUUCCCUGCCGAAUUUCUACGACCGCCGAGAGAUCAGCGAACGCGGGAAGCGAUCCCUCGGGACGGCCGAUAAAUUGCACCUGGUGCUGCCCUUCAACGGAAUCGAUCACCACGUGGAGCUCAGCCCGUACCAUGAAUUUAUCUCGCCCGACAUGGUGGUGGAGACACGGGGCGCCGGGAUCAGAACUAAUCUCGACGAGGGUUUGAGAUUCAGGAGGGCGUCCGAUCGGCAGUGUCACUAUCGCGGCGCCGUUCGAGGCCACGACAAUUCCAGAGCGGCUCUGUCUUUGUGCGACGGCGUGGCUGGAUACGUGCAAACUAAUCAUGGACGGUACUUCAUCGAGCCAGUAUAUCAGGCGGAACCCGAGGCGGACGGCCGGCAUAUUCACGUAGCUUAUAAACGAAACGCGCCGUUUGAAAAAACAUCCGACGCCUCAUCAAAACGACACUGCGGGACCAGCGACAACUGGGAGUCCGCGUGGGCGGAGCAGUUGGCUAAAAGGCAGAAGCGGCUAAUGGAAAAUAAUUCUCUCAAUGUGAAACGCGAUAACCCGUACACGCCGGGCACGCACAGCAUACACCGUUACAUAGAGAUCGGACUGGUCGCCGAUCGGAGAUUCCUCGACUUUCACAACCGUACCGAUUAUGAACAGUACCUCUUGACGGUCAUGAACAUGGUGUCUGACUUUUAUCACGACAAGUCCGUGGGAAAUCAAAUAGACGCCGUUUUAGUGCGCAUGAUAUACUUGGAAAAGGAGAAAGAAGAGAUAGAUUUGCUCAUUAGUCCGGCUGCCGAGGAUACGCUGGAGAGUUUUUCGAAAUGGGCAGAGAAAAUGAAUCCGAAGGAUGACAAGCAUCCCAAUCACUUUGACAUCGCGGUGCUGGUUACGAGGUACGACAUUUGUUCGGAAGAAACCAAUUGCGACCUGAUGGGUCUGGCGCACGUCGCCGCGGCCUGUGACUCGGCAAAGGCAGCCUGCAUCAACGAAGACAGCGGGCUCUUGCUCGGCAUCGUGAUUGCCCACGAAGUUGGUCACGUCAUGGGUUGCUCUCACGACAAACCCGAGAUCAGCGGAUGCCCAUCGAUGGACACGGAUGAUAGCUACUUUAUUAUGUCCCCGAUCGUCUUCUUAUACACGAUACGAUGGUCGAGCUGCAGCAGGAAAUUUAUAACAGCCUUUCUCGAAAGCGGUUUGGGCGAAUGCUUGACCGACAAUCCGAGAAAUCCUCCAGAGAAAUUAAAAUAUCCGGACAUGUUGCCUGGUGCAAUGUACGACGCUACCUACCAAUGUCAGAUGACGUUUCCCGACUCGCAAGAAUGUCCGCAGCCUCAAGUGAGCGGUUGCGAACGGCUGUGGUGCUUGACCAACUCGAGCUGCUACUCGAAGGGAGCGCCGAAGGCGGACGGAACGAAGUGCGGCGAGAACAAGUGGUGCAUUCACAAGAAGUGCGUGGACAUGGGCACUCGACCGGCCGCGGUGCACGGCGGUUGGGGCGACUGGGGUCCCUUGGGUCCCUGCACGAGAACCUGCGGCGGUGGUCUCAAGUAUUCCGAGAGAGAAUGCGACCGACCGGUACCGGCGAAUGGCGGUAGAUACUGCAUCGGCGAGAGAAAGAAACUUUUUACUUGCAAUACUACGCCCUGCGACCCGACAAAACCGCCGUACCGUGCGAUGCAAUGCUCGGAACACGACAACGAGGAGAUCCUGACGGACGGGCUUCAUCAAUGGAAACCGUACAUGAACCCGAAAUUAGAACCCUGCGCUCUCUACUGCAUCAACGAGAAGCAUACCUACGUAAAGAUCUCUCCGACGGCGAACGAUUCGACACCGUGCAAGCCCGGGACCAACUACAUGUGCAUCUCCGGAACGUGCAGGAAUGGUUUCACGCUGCAGAAAGUCGGAUGCGACUGGGUGAUAGACUCGGACGCGAUCGAGGACAAGUGCGGUGUGUGCAAAGGCGAUGGAACGACAUGCAGCCCGGUAGAGGGCGAAUAUACCGAAACAGUGAAAUCGAGUGCGUAUGUGAAGAUCGUGACAAUACCACGGGGAGCUCGCAGUAUUCAUGUUUUCGAGAGAAAACCCAGCGAGAACAUCCUGGCCGUGAUGCUAACAAAAAAUAAAACAUACUGCAUCAAUGCAGACAACCGCGAGUUUAAGAGCGGAGAUUACGAGUGCGCUGGAACGAUGAUAAUCUACACGCAUCCGGAGCCGGAUAAAGAAGUGGUAGAAAUGAAGGGUCCGAUAUCUGAAGAUAUCGAGAUACAAUACGUGUUCUUCAAACCCCAAGACAAUCCCGGAAUAAAUUACAAGUACUACGUGAUGUCGACGAAUACGUCGUACACGCCUAAGUAUAUGUGGGACUUCGUCGAGUGGUCAGAGUGCAGCGCUAAGUGCGACGGCGGCACGAUGAUCUCCGAGGCGUCGUGCAUCGAGGAGCAGGGCGGACGUGUGACGCCUAACUUCUGCGACGGAAUACCGCGUCCGGAACCGAAGAGCCGCAUCUGCAAUCAGACUCCUUGUCCCGCCAAAUGGCGAGUGAGCCAGUGGAGCAAAUGCAACGCGUGCGACGGGAAGAAAGGCGUGAGACGUCGUAAGGUCCAGUGCGUGAGACCGAGCGCUCGACCGGGGGAGGACGACGUGCAGGCAAAUCUAAACGCGUGCAAAGGUCGCGUGCCGAAGCAAAAGGAAGAAUGCAUAGGUACAAGACCUUGCAGAACGAUGUGUCCCAAAAAAACUCGACAGUCCAACGCGCAAGAGCUUACGGAUGCAAAGGAAAGAGCGAAUUUAUCUUCGGACGAUUGGCGAAAAAUGAUCGACCGACUUGUCGAUGUAGGUCUGGCUCAUUACUUGGAUAAGUCCCGUGACAAGGUGCGCGACGACAAGCUCGAAGGGACGAGCGCCGAUCGGGACUUCCGACGACACCUUUACGACUGGGCGAUGACAAACGAGGACAAGCGUAAGCGCACCUGCGUAGCGGACGAGAGAUUCACCACAAUGAAACCGGGAUCCAUCAUCAAGGAUUCAGUGCCCAUCGAGCGGAUUGUAGUGCUGGAGGCGCCGUACAUGGACGAAUCCCUCCAGUCUAAUCUGUCGGACAAAGCGUUCCACGAAGCCGGCGAUCGCGUCGGCGUUGGCAUCGACACAAGCCAGCAGAAGAUCUACAAGGGCGCGCAGGCGAUCAAGCUUAUCGAACAGUUGGCUCAUCGUGAUUCGACAACGCGUACAACACGUAUUACCUCCACCACCAAGAGCGAUGAUCGCGGCGCGUCAAUCGACGUCGCGUCGGAGGAAAGCCGUUGAGUAGUAAAAAAGUGGAACAUUCGCACGCGCAAUUUACCUUCGUGUCUCGAAUUGUCUCAAAUUAUAUGUAUAAGUUCGUGAAAUAAAUUUAGAUGUGAAUUAAUUAAAAGUUAAAACACACAAGCACGUGUACACAGGACA